AUGCAGCCCCGAGUGUCGACGGCUACGGUCGCGUUAGCGGUGGCUUUCGUGGCUGCGAUUAUCUCGGAUAAUGUCAAAGCGCGACCGAUGCACGCUGAAAUCGUCCCCAAAUACCAUCGAUACUUGGCGGACAAGGAGACAAUCAAAGCUGAAUUGAAUGAGUGGCUAAAGACAUACAGCGAUAGUGGACCGAAGCAUGGUUAUAUUCCCGUGACAGAGUCGCGAAGCUCGGACGAUGAUUUAGAAGACAAACUACAGCGGUUCUAUCUGACCAAGGAACAAAUCGAAGAAGCGCGAGAGCUGAAUCCGAUGGCCGAGUUCAGUACCGACGGGCCAUUCACACUAAUGACGAUGGAUGAGUUCAAGCAGUUCCUUUCGAACUCCCACCUUAACGAAACCGGCAAGACUGAGCCCCCUGCAGUCGAAAAGCCCAAAACGUUGUCUGAAAAGGAGAAAAAGACGCGACCAAGCGAGGAGGUCAAGAACAAGGAAGAUAAUGACACCAAACAGUCAAAAAGCGACGACAAAAAUGACGAUGAGGAAAAGAAGACUUGGGCUCCAGCAACUGAGGGUCCGGUGGUCGUUCCGAUGGUGCGUCGUCUUCGCAACGCCGGCAAGAGCCAAUACGCGUUCAACGGAGGAGAUUACAGCAACACUGGCGAAGGUUUCCAGAGUACUUCCGACACGUACGUUAAGAGUUCACAGGAAACCUAUGAAAGUCAGUCUGCCCCGCAACCUAACACCAACAACGGAGGCAAUACGAACCAAGGAUGGAACUUCGGAGAUGUCUCCACAGGGGACAGUGCUCAGAUUGCUAUUGUUUCUGGUGGAACCGGUAGUGGCAACAACGGGAACUGGUGGGGAACCAACGGGUGGGGAACCACCUGGGGAGGCAACACCGGCAAUACGUGGUCUUGGAAUCAACAGUGGACUCAGCCGACGGGGUCGAACAACCAGUGGACACCACCGUCAAACAAUCAAUGGACUCCGGCGCCUAAUAACCAGUGGACUCCUCCACCAAACAAUCAGUGGACUCCACCGCCUAAUAAUCAGCCUCCCAGUGCGAACAAUCCUCCCGCUCCCGCCCCCGUGACGCCGCAGACGCCUCCGACACUGGCACCGGCACCUCCUCCGGCUCCUCCCGCUCCAGCACCUCCCGCUCCAGCACCUCCAGCUCCAGCACCGCCGGCUCCUGCUACUAAACGGCCAGCCACUAAGCGACCAGCUACGAAAGCCCCACCUACUAAAGCGCCAGCUACUAAAGCUCCAGCUCCGGCUCCGGCUCCGGCCCCCGUUACGAAACAAAAGGCGACGACGACCGCGUCUACGUCAGACACGGCAAGAGACUCGGAUUCGGAUUCAGUGGACUGGAGCAAGUCGGGUUGUGUUAAUCCUCCCGGUCUGCAAGGCCAAUGCGGUAGUUGCUGGGCGUUCGCUAGUUUGGGUGCAUUAGAAGCCGCGCAAUGUAUUGCCAACGGUGACAAGAAAGCCCCCUCAUACUCGGAACAGCAUCUUGUGAGUUGCGACACGAAAGACUUCGGAUGCAAUGGCGGUGCUCCCGUGUACGCGAUGCAGUAUCUCCGCGAUAAUGGGGUCUGCACGGAGAGCAGCUAUCCGUACACAUCGGUAGAGGGUGGAACCGCUGCAGCCUGCGUGAAGACGUGCACCCCAGUGAAGUCGGGUAUUACUGACAUUGCACAGUUGAAAUCUGGAGACGAAAGCGCACUCCUUGGCGCCCUGAAGAAGCAGCCCGUGGUCGUCUCAGUCAUCUCGAACAACCCGAUGUGGAAGCAGUACAAAAGCGGAGUCAUCACGUCCUGUAACACUGCGACGGUCGACCACGCCGUGCUCGCCGUGGGCUACGACGCCACCACCAUCAAGAUCAAAAACUCGUGGGGCACCGAGUGGGGUGAGGACGGCUACGUGCGCAUUAGCCGCAGUUCACAGGGCAUGGGCACCUGCGCCGUGCUCACCGACAUGUCGUACCCCAAAGUGUAACCCCGACGGUCUCAUAUCUGUUUACUGGAUGGCAUUCAGACGAAAAAACCCAUUAAAUUUUAAUGGUUUUUUUGUCUGCGGCCAAAUCAGCAUGCGUACCGACGAGUUUUAAGCACUAAGUUAAUAGGCCGUCAUCCUAGCC